UGCAUUUGUACUCUCAUAGCAUUUAUUGGCUUCUUUUCCUUCCGACCGCGUUGAUUUCGUCAAUCUCAAGGAACCGGUCUGGCCCGUCUGCUCCCAGGUGCUUCAGGUUCCUGUCUCAAGAUGCAACCUCUCAUGACCGACUUGUAUCACAAUUCUCCCCGUCCAACCCUGAAUUAGAGUUCCAUCGUCUCUGUUUUGUGAAGUUUUUCGGUGCAGAAGAAGAGAGGUUGUCAUGGGGUCCGAGCUAUAUUUGGAUAAGCAUGUCGACUACAUCAAGUCGCUUGACAAGAAAUCGGAUUUCGACUCAGUGGUGAUGGAGCACCUGCGCAUGAACGGCGCGUACUGGGGACUCACGGCGUUGGAUAUUAUGGGACGCCUUGGUGAUAUGAAGGUCGAUGAGAUCGUGCCUUGGAUUCUCAUGUGCCAGGAUGAGUGCGGAGGUUUCGGAGGAAACCAUCAGCACGAUCCGCACAUCCUGUACACGCUGAGUGCUGUACAAAUUCUGGCAUUGUUUGACAGGCUUGAUGCCGUGGAUGCAGAUAAAAUUGCAAAUUACAUUGCAGGACUACAGAAUGAGGACGGAUCCUUUUCUGGCGAUGGAUGGGGGGAGAUCGACACCCGAUUUUCUUACUGUGCAAUCUGCUGCCUUUCUUUGCUGAAGCGACUCGACAGGAUUGAUUUAGAGAAGGCCUGCAAUUUUGUUGCCAAUUGUAAAAACUUCGACGGUGGUUUUGGUUGUGUUCCUGGAGGGGAAUCCCACGCUGGUCAAAUUUUUUGUUGCGUAGGAGCACUUGCAAUAGGCGGUGCUCUCCAUCAUGUUGAUAGAGACUUACUCGGUUGGUGGUUGGCUGAACGUCAAGUGAAAGCGGGAGGUCUCAAUGGUCGUCCAGAGAAACUUCCGGACGUUUGCUACUCUUGGUGGGUCCUUGCUAGCUUAGUUAUGAUGGACCGGAUGCACUGGAUUGAUAAGAAAAGUCUCGAGCAAUUUAUCCUUGAUUGUCAGGAUCCUGAAGCUGGGGGUAUAUCUGACAGGCCAGAUGACGCUGUUGACGUUUUUCAUACUUUCUUCGGCAUAGCAGGAUUGUCUCUGCUGGGGUACCCAGGGCUUCAGGCAAUUGAUCCUGCUUAUGCACUCCCAGUCACUGUAGUGGACAGAAUAUUCUACGGUCAGAAGAAAUAACCGCCAACCUCUCAGCUUCCACUUUCAGAAUCCUUUUUGAGGAGAUUAUCUAAAAUCUUUUAGAAAAUAUAUAAAUAUAAAUAUAAAUAUAUAUAUUGCAGCGGUUUGCAGACAGGCUUGUGUUACAGCGAGGCCAUUCAUUCAUGUAUAAAGUAGCCGUACAUCUACUUUUAGCAAGCUGUGUCGAUUCUUUGCACAGAACUAGUGGUUUAGAUUCAACAAUCGACACUGAUCAUUCAAAGCAUUGUCUGGACAACAGAAGAACAGGCCAGGAUACUUUUACUAUCUUUCAUUUUAUUUUAAUACCCUUCCAUUUUAAGCUG